AUGUCUCUGGGCCGCCUCUUCCGCCGGGCCUCCUCCAAAGCCUCAGACCUCCUGACUCGCGGAACCCCCUCUGUCCUGGACGGCGACAUCAUCUACUCCAAGAACAAUGUCUGCGUGCACCCGCCCGAGGGGCUGCAGGGGCCGGGCGAGCACCACCCAGGGUACCUGUGCCUGUACAUGGAGAAGGACGAGCUGCUGGGGGCCACCCUCAUCCUCGCGUGGGUCCCCAACUCCCGGAUCCAGAGGCAGGAUGAGGAGGCGUUGCGCUACAUCACUCCUGAGAGCUCGCCUGUGCGCAAGGCCCCCCGCCCACGGGCCCGACGCACUCAGAGCUCGGGGGCCCCCUGCCAGGCCUCUCCCACGGAGCCCAGACUGUCCCUGACCCCCAAGGACGAGGACAUCCUGGUGGUGGCCGGCAGCGCUUCGUUGGAGGGUGGAGAGAAGCUGGCCUCGGGCCUGGGUGUGGACGCCGCCCUCCCCCAGCCAGUCACCCACAGUGACUCCGGCAUCCUGUCCACGGUCAGCUCGCAGGAUGGCACCGAGGAGGGGCGGGAGCCGCGGCCUGAGGCUGGCGAGGAGGAGGGCUCCCUGGAGCUGUCCGCCGACGGCGUGAGCAGGGACAGCUCCUUUGACUCCGACUCGGACGCCUUCUCCUCGCCCUUCUGCCUCUCCCCUAUCAGCGCUGCACUUGCCGAGAGCAGCAGCUCCGUGUUCCUGGAGAGCGGAGGCAGCUCCCCGUCCAGCACGGACACCAGCCUGCGUUUCUCCGAGAGCAACGGGCUCCUGCCGCCACCACGCUGGGAGGAGCCACAACGGGGCUGUGCACUGGAGCAGACGUGCGGCGUCUUCCGCGUGGACCUAGGGCACAUGCGUUCCCUCCGCCUCUUCUUCAGUGACGAGGCCUGCACCAGCGGCCAGCUGGUGGUGGCUAGCCGGGAGAGCCAGUACAAAGUCUUCCAUUUCCACCACGGUGGCCUGGACAAGCUGGCGGAUGUGUUCCAGCAGUGGGAGUACUGCACCGAGACGCACCUCAAGGACCAGGUAGUCGCUGACGAGAAGACCUGCAUGCUGUUCCCCAUCCGGCGUCCCAGGCUCCCCUCGUCCGAGACCCACCCCGAGGAGAGCUUGUACAAGCGUCUGGACGUCACCGCCUGGCUUGGCCACUUGAACGAGCUGGGCCAGGUGGAGGAGGAGUACAAGCUUCGAAAGGCCAUUUUCUUUGGCGGCAUUGAUGUGUCAAUCCGGGGGGAGGUCUGGCCCUUCCUGCUGCACUAUUACAGCCCCGAGUCCACGUCGGAGGCACGGGAGGCGCUGCGCACACAGAAGCGGAAAGAGUACCUGGACAUCCAGCAGAGACGGCUCUCCAUGACACCGGAAGAGCACCAGGAGUUCUGGCGCCGUGUGCAGUUCACUGUGGACAAGGACGUGGUGCGCACAGAUCGUGGCAACCAGUUCUUUCGAGGGGAGGACAACCCAAACGUGGAGAGCAUGAGGAGAAUCCUGCUGAACUACGCAGUGUACAACCCAGCCGUUGGCUACUCCCAGGGCAUGUCCGACUUGGUGGCACCCAUCCUGGCCGAGGUCCUGGACGAGGCGGACACCUUCUGGUGCUUCGUCGGGCUGAUGCAGAAUACCAUUUUCGUCAGCUCACCCCGGGACGAGGACAUGGAGAAGCAGCUGCUGUACCUGCGGGAGCUGCUGCGCCUGACGCACACCCGCUUCUACCAACACCUGGUCUCCCUGGGCGAGGACGGCCCGCAGAUGCUCUUCUGCCACCGCUGGCUGCUGCUCUGCUUCAAGCGCGAGUUUCCCGAGGCCGAGGCGCUGCGCAUCUGGGAGGCCUGCUGGGCGCACUACCAGACGGACUACUUCCACCUCUUCAUCUGCGUGGCCAUUGUGGCCAUCUACGGAGACGAUGUCAUCGAGCAGCAGCUGGCCACAGACCAGAUGCUCCUGCACUUUGGAAACCUGGCCAUGCGCAUGAACGGGGAGCUGAUCCUCCGGAAGGCCAGAAGCUUGCUGUAUCAGUUCCGCCUUCUGCCUCGCAUCCCCUGCAGCCUGCAUGACCUGUGCAAGCUGUGCGGGCCGGGCAUGUGGGACAGUGGCUACAUCCCCGCCGUGGAGUGCUCCGGCCAUCACCCCGGCUCGGACAGCUGCCCCUACGGGGGCACAGUGGAGACGCCUUCGCCCAAGCUCCCCCGAGAAGGCAGGAAGGGCCCGAAGACACCUCGAGAAGGCUUUGUCUUCCGCAGAUAG